AUGAACUGCAAUGCAAGUUGCAAUUGCAACCAAACAGAAACUCACUCAGCGUAGCGACAGUGAAAUUUAUAGUAUUCAUGUGAUUGUGAUAAACAUGAUAAUUGUUAUAUAGUUAUGAACCUUCAAACUAAACUCCUGUAAAGUAUUUAUCUCGCAUUUCAUCACAAGAUAUUGAAUAAACAGCGUUCUACGAUGACGGAUGACGGUGAAGUUUUAGUGCCUUCGUUGUCAUCAGAAACUCAGGGUAUCUUGAAAGAUAGCCACGAGGAAGAAAGUUCAGACUCUGAAGAACCCGUUAACAGUGAUGAUGAAGCACUACCAACUACUAAAAGAAAGAGAAUCACAAAAUUCUCUGACAGUGAUACUGAUUUGGAAAAGGAAAAUAAGACAGAAGAUAACAUUAUUUCACCAAAAAAAUCUGGAGACACUGAAGAAAAUGAUAAGAAAUCAGUUAGUAACGGCAAUAAAUCUCGUAUUAAACUCAUUGAUACAUCGGAAAGUGAAGAGGAUAUAAGAAACCAGAAAAAGUCAGUCAGAACAGAACACAAAUUGAAGAAACUGAAAGACAAAUUUAAAGGAUUAGUUUCACAUAACAAAAGUUCACAAGAUAUAGAUACUUAUAACAAGAAUGAAUUUCCAAAGUCUGAUAUUUGGAGUAAUGAAGAUUCAGAUGAAGAAAUAUCAUGCCUCAACAUAAAACAGAAAAUAAAGAAGUCUAUGCAAACAAUGAAAUCUAUUUGUGAUCCAGACAGCUCUGAUGAGGAAACCAACAGUGAAACUUUGCAAAAACAUAAAUCAAGACCAUCCAAACCGAGAAGUACAAAGCCUACAUCACCAAAGCCAAUUCGAAUGUCAGCAAAACAAGCACAGGAAAAUAUGCACAAAAUAAAAAGUGAAUCAAAUAGGAUGUUGCGAGAGAAGCAAGUUUCAUUGCCAUAUCACAGACCAAAAGCUUUGUCUCUGAAGGAUAUUAUGAAUAGAAGAAAGCCAGCAGUUGCAGCGGAUGGAAAAACUCUGCCUAUUAAGAUGAAUAAUGAACAGUUAAAACAAUAUGUAUUAUUAUUGGAGCAAAGACAGAAGGAAGUUAUUGAGUUAUGCAAAAGUGAUACUGAUGAAGAACAAGAAGAUAAUUGUCAUGAGGAUGAAACAAGUAUUGGAAAUAGUGACUCAACAAACACAACAACAAAUGUGGUAAUAGAAUCAAAUUCAGAGACACCAAACAUGGAAAAUGAUGCACUCAGAGCAAUUCCUAAUAAUGAAACAAACACUGAGGUUAUUGCUCAAGAAAACAUUGUUAUGUCUGAAAAUGUUGAGGAAUCGGAUAGUACUAAUUUCAAUAAUGAAGCAAGUUGUAUUGAAACUAAUGCUGUAGAAGCUUCCAAUUGUGAAAAGCAAACAGCCUGUUCGAUGGAAACAGAAAGUGUAAUUGAACAUGAGAAAAUGGAUAUUGACAUGGAACAGAAUGAAACUGAUGUUAAUAAUAUUUCUCCUCAUGAAGCACAAGUAAAAGAUAUUACAUUAGAAGAAAUCUAUGAGGGUCAAUCAGUUAAAACAUCUGAGGUUCAAUCAAUUAAUACAUUUGAACAAAAUACAGAAGAAGAAAGUCAAAAUAUUAAACUACAUUUUGAUUCAGAAAAGGAUAUAAUAGAAAUCCAAGAGAAUGAUCAUAAAGAAAAUAAAUCAAAUAACUUUGAUGUUCCCAGUACUUCUACAGACAAACAAUCGACAGAAUUUCAACUAAUCAAUGACGACGAGUUUUUAGAUAAUGAUUUUAAUUAUGAUGAAAUUGACGAACUUAUAAAAAACACGAAAAUAUCUUCUGAUGGAGUCCUAAAAACAACACUUGGUCAAAAUGAUGAUAUUUUCUCUAAACCAAAAUUAACUGGAGCCCCUGGGAUGGUUAUAGACUUAGAUAACACUGAUCCUCUAGCUCCAAAACAACUAAGUGGUGUUGAUCUUUUAAAAGAAAGAUUCACAUAUUUUGCUAAAUUGAAAUCAUUAGAAGACAUGGAAAAAGAUAGAGAGAAAAAGUUCAAACCAGGACUCCAGCAUCUUAAACUCAAACAAGAAUUAGAAGAGCAAAUAGCUGAACAAAGAUCCAUAGAAUGGGAAAAACGUCUUGAAGAAGAGAAGCGACUAAAAUCAGAGAUUAAUGGCCAUUUCUCAGAUGACGAUAUUGAAAAACUUGAAGCAAAGUUAAAAGACAUUGAUGAGAAAUUGGAUGAUAGUAAAAUUGACAAUGAAAGUUCUGAAGGUGAAGAAGAACCAAUGGAGAAUGAUGUAAUAUUAGAAGAUAAACCUAAAAAGCGGAACCCUAUGGUAGAUGAUGAAGCCGAAGAAUCGGAAUGUGAUACAGAAGUUCCUGGUGAUGAUGAUGAAGAUAAAGUUGAAAGUAAUCAUGCUGAAGAGGAUGAUGGCGAUGAAGCGGAUUUGGAAGAUGAUGAUGAUAAUGACACAAGUGACAGUUCAUCAGAAUCCGAACAGGAAGUUGAAAACAAACCUAAGAAAGGAAGAAUAUUGAAAGCCUUUGAAGAUUCUGAUGAUGAAUCUGUUGGUGGAGAUAAAGUGAUCGAAAAUGUUGAAGUAAAUAACAUAACAGUAAAUGUAGGUAUUAUGGAAACUUCAAAGAAAUGUGUCGACAGCGAUGUUAUCAAAGAUAGUCAAGAUGACGAACUACAGUUAGCUCAAGAGAUUAAGUCAUCAGAUGACUUAUUUACUUCUCAAGAAUCGGAUAAACCAAAUGCAAUUGUAGUUGCAUUGAACAAAAAUAGCAAUGACAAUGUCAGUGCUGAUUUGGGUACACAGACGUUUUCAAUAUUAGAUUCACUAGUAAAUAAUCAAACAGUGAAUCUUAAAUCUCCAGAGAAAACGCCUAUUUGUAGAACACAGAUCAUAAAUGAUGACUUAAACUUACUAGUCGGAGAAUGUGGUGAUAAUCUAACACAAAAUGUACAAUUUUCACAAACGCAAGAAAUAGGUGAUGACGUCAUAGCACUAUGCACUGGCAAAUUUUAUGACAACCCAUUUGUAUCUCAAGUUGAUAACCAUGAGAAGAGUUCUCUGAAAUUUAGUGAAAGUUCUCAGUCGCAAGAUUUGGCUGAUGUUGCAGUCCUUUGCACUGGGAAGUUCUAUGAUAACCCUUUUGUAUCACAGUGUGCUGAAAACAGUGAUAUUAAUCAAACAUUACAACAAACACACAACACAAACCAAACAGACAAAGAUAUUGGAGUCCAAGAAAAGAAAGAUAUUGAAAUCCUUGAAGAUAAAGAUACUGAGGUCCCCGAAAAGAAAGAAACUGUGAAUAAUGACACAGAACAAUCAAAUAUGAAAAAUGUUGAAAAAUCUAUACUGAAUUCAAUACUUGAAGAAUUAGAUGGACCUGAUUUUGAAAUACCUAAAAAUAAAUAUUUCGCUAAUGAUACCCAAUCUGAAAGUAAAAAUAAAGAGUACAAUUUAGUAAAGAAGAAAUUAGUAAUUAAUUCGGAUGAUGAAACAAAUGAUGGGAUGUCUCAAAAGAAAAAGAGAAAGCUGAAGAAAAGAAAAGCAGAAGAUAGGGCAUUGCAAAUAUCAGAUGAUGAAGAAGAAGAGGAAGUAGCAGAAGAUCAGAGCGAUGUCGAGUCUGAAGUUAAUGAAGAUAGAGAAAGAGUUGUAGAGUAUGACUCUGAAGAGAAUGAGGUGGAAGUGCAACAAAAACUACCAACGAAGAAGCGUGUAGGUGGUUUCUUCGAGGAUGAAGCGGAGUUGACUUCUGAGGAUGAGUGGGUGGGCUCCGGGGAUGAAGACGAGAGGGGCUUGGACAGGAUGGAGCGGGAAGAGGGGGACGAUGACACCUUCCACCAGGGACAGUUGCAACGGGAACUUGGGCAGAUUCAUAUGCGCGAGGUAUUGGACCAGGAUAAACGAGAAGUGCGUAUGAUACAAGAACUGCUGUUUGAGGAUGGAGAUCUUGGUGAUGGUCAUAGACAACGGAAAUUCAGAUGGAGGAAUGCGGAUGGAGAUGAAGAAUUGGGCACAAAUCCAGAUGAAUUCAAGGAUACGCAAGAGGAGGAGUUUGAGUCAGAGGAACAGUGGAGAAAACAGCGUCACGAGAGGGAAAUGUUUUUACGGCAAUUGCAAGAAAAAGAUGAUGCAGAUGUUGACACGAGUAUAAAUCGGACGGCAAUAAUUAAAGCGAAUCUGUGCUCUAAGACUAUGUCAACGUUACUAUCGGAGUCUAAAGGCGAGAAAACUGAAAAAGACAAUAAAACAGUGCCAGAGAAGAAACCCACUAAAGAUAUACCCAGUCCCAAGAAAUCAUUCACCAUAUUUCAGCAAAACUACCACGGUUCACUGCUAACGCGCGGUCGAGGAGCGCUGGCCAGACUGGCCGCGCUCGCCACUCCACUGGCCACAGACGACGACGCGCCCAAAGUGAUCACCACCAACAGGCGCAACUUCGUGUUCACUACUCUGUCGCAGCAGGAGGAGAAGCCAAAGGUAACUAAACGAAAGGCUGAUACCAAUGUAAACACUCCAAGACUUAUAAAGAAAAUGAAGACUGAAGAUCCCAAUGACAAGCUGUUCCCCUACGCUGAAGAGAAUGUGAAACAGUUCUUAGAAAGCGGUUGGGACAGCGACGAUGUGAAGGAGAUCGUCUCUGCGCUGCGGAAACUGUCACUUGAGGACCAGGAGAAGAGUGUUGAAGGGCACGUCGCCAUUCCCGGAGAGGAUGCUUCAAAAGAGGAUCAGAUUGACGGUCUGGUGAAGAAUGUGAAGUGGCAGAUCUCGGCAGACCGCAAGGUGGGCCCGCUGAAGCAAUUACAGGGAAUGAUCUGGAAGCAGGGCUACGACAAGGGAGAUAUUAAAGGACAUGUAUACGAAGAUGUAUCUUCAGCAUUGGAGCAAUGGCAAGCGGUGGACGGACAGAAAGUGUACAUCUAUUCAUCUGGAUCUGUGCAAGCACAAAAGCUCUUGUUCGGUCAGUCCCUGGCCGGAGACCUUCUGAAAUACAUUGAAGGUCACUUUGACACUGAAGUCGGUGCUAAACAGGAGUCUGCCAGUUACUCCAACAUCAUUGAGAAGAUUGGCUGCAAGGCUGAUGAUGUCCUGUUCUUGACUGACAUAGUUAAAGAGGCUGAAGCGGCGCGAACAGCCGGCUUGUAUUCAGUGCUGGUGAGCCGAGAGGGCAACGCACCCAUCCCCUCUGAGGCCACAGAGAGCUUCGCAGUGAUCCACUCGCUGGGCCAGCUCACGUCCAACAAGCGCAAGACUGAACCACAGGAAGAGCAACCUGCAAAAAUUGCCAAGACUGAUAUGAGUAAUGAUGUUAAAACUACAGCAGAGGCAGAAGUAACCAAACAGGAUACGCCACUUGAGGAUAAACAAAGUCAACCCGAAAAAAUGGAGGUCGAGGAAGAGCCGACACCUGUCAAAGAGACAACACCUGUAAAAGAGACCACUCCUGCUCCUGAGAAACAGACCACGCCUGUGGAGGUGGUCAAAUCUGAGGAAGAGGCUAAACCUGUGGAACAGACCACACCUGUGCAAGAGACCAAACCUGUGACAGAGACCAAUGAUACGGCCACAAAAUUAAACGACGACAACAAAAUGGAUGAAGAAGUCGCAGAAGUGGUUGUUGAAGAGGUGACAGAUGCAAAGGACAGUGACAUUCCCGUUGUAGAAGCUACACCAGUCGUAACAGAAAAUGAUGAGGCUGAUGCAAAAGAGACUGAAAAAAUGGAAACUGAUGUUGAAAAGGAGGAAGAAACCAAAGCAGUUCAGAGUGAAACUGUAGAACAACAGAAACCUCAAACUGAAAAGUCAGACACUGGUAAUCCAGUAGAAGCAAAUGCUGUUAGUGACCAAAAGACUGAGAAUAAAGAAACACCCAAUGUGCCAAAAGAAAAUGUAGACAUAAAUGAAGUUAAAGAACAACCAGCUGUUGUUGAAGAAAUGGUCGUCACCGAAAUUGAAGAGGUCACUGAUAAAGAAAACCUUACAGAGAUGGCAGAAAUUAUUGAGGACAUAGAGCCAGUUGUAGAGGAACCUAAUGAAAAAGAGGAUAUGGAAUUACAGAACGUUGGUGAAGUAUUAGAGAAAGAAUGUGAUGAGAUCUUAUCAAAAGUACAGGAUGUAACGAAUCUGGAUAAUAUGCCAUUGAAGUCUACUUUGAAUCCAAUUUCUGAAGAGACAAUGGAAACAGAGAAUCUAGAUUCUAAUGAUAUCAUGGAAAGGAUAUUAGAUAAAGAAACUGAACUUGAACAGUCUGAGAAAGCGAAAGAAAAAGUGGCUGCCCCAGAAACAAUAAAUAAUACAGAUAAAACUGUACAGGAUACAGAAGUAGAUGAAAACAAAGAAAAACCUACCGAGGUAAAACCUGAUGUUGUGGAAGUAAAAACGAAUAGUACCGAAACAAAGGUUGCCGACAAAGAAGAAAAUAGUGCCACAAAAGUAAACAGUGCUUCCGAAAACAAAGAAACAGAAAGUAAACUUGAAAAAGAAGUUCCUCCUCCUGAAGAUAUCACAGAAGGCAGUAGUCCAAAAGUAGAAGAAAUAUCUAAACCAGAAACAGUAACCCAGGAAGAAACUAAAAAGGAAGAUAAUAUCGAAACUAAGUCAGAACAAAAAACCGAAGAAAACACUCCAGUCGACACGAAGGAAAACGAUAAAGUUGCCGAAGAACAAAAACCUAAAGAAAAUGCCACUGAAGACUCACAAGUUAAUGGCGACGCGACAAACGGGGAAAAAGAAUCAGUGAAUCAAAAUGGAGACUCCAGCAAAGAUGAAGAAUUAAGUUCACGAUUAUCUGUGGAGAAUGGUAAAGAAGUCAAUGGCUCAAACGGUGACUCCAUGGAUGCCGAAAAUGGUACAGACAAAAAGGUAGAAGCUGAAGUGGCUGAUAUAAAAGUUAAGACCGUCACAACCGAAGAGCCACACAGCGAACUUAUAGAGCAGCCUACUGAAGCAUAAAAUACCUUGUGUGGGGCGGGACGUUGUCCCGAGCGUCGUAUCGUUGGCUCUCAUCGCACGGUGACAAGACUGAGGCAGCCCGCGACAUCACCUAGUUUAUAUGUAUUGAACUUUCUAUAACGCGCGGUGACACGCUUGUACAUUGCCGACACUAAGCAAUAAUGAUAUAAUCAGAGGCACAAUUAUCCGCCCUCUUUAAUAUGACGCGUGAAUAUUUAAAGUGGGCUGAUAAUUGUGCCUCUGAGUAUAUAUACAUCUUCGACACGAUCAUUUGAUAUUGUCGACCUUUAUGAUUGCGAUACAUCUCAUAUCUCAUGAAGACGAAUUUAUAUAUUGUCGACCAAUAGCGGCCGAACCGGAAUAUCUCUCUUUUGUUGAGAUUGGACGAAAAAUGAUAUUUCCGGUUCGGCCGCUAAGGUCGACUAUGUCUUUUUCUCUUCUUUGUCUUUUUCUUGAAGUGAAGAGAAAAAGACAUAGUCGACCAAUAUCGCUUUUCGUCUAAUCUUAACAAAAGAGAGAAUUUUCGGUUCGGCCGCUAUUGGUCGACAAUGUAAUUUUGUCUUAACGAGAUAUGUUGUAUGUUGUGGCUCGUAUCUUAGGGCUACUGAUCCACAUUACAGAUAAAACUACACAAGAUUAUCAAAAAACUUUUUUUUUACACCUAAACACUGAACACAUGUGUGGUGUUUAGCGUAGCACAUUACGUACAUCUUGCGCUUAUUCAUUCCAGGUAAAAAUAAUAUAAUAGAAUUAUAUGUUAUUAUUAUUAGUAUUGAAAAACAUUGCUGUGAGAGUUCCUUUGUUUAGUUUUAUAAUAAUGAUUAUUCAUAUCAUGAACAUCAUCAACAUCAUCACCAUCAUCAUCAUCACCAUCAUCAUCAUCAUCAUCAUCAUCAUCAUCAUCAUCAUCAUCACUAUCAUCACCAUCAUCAUCAUCAUCAUCAACAACAUCAACAUCAUCAUCAUUAUCAUCAUCUAAUAACAUUCAGUGUGAUUUCAGUCAACUUUUUGAUUAUGACCAAAAUUUAUUUGAUGCGAAUUUUAUCUCAAUUGACAAUCUCAAAUGAUCGUAUCGCAAUCAUAAGUAUUUUCAUACAAUCUGAUCUGAAGUCUCCGUUCACAUUGGCGCAGAAUCAAAGCAAAUCCUUACGUGUUUUACAUUAAAUGAGAUAUUGAACUCUAUCUCGAUUUAUUAACAUACAAAGUAGUCAAAAUAGUACGUUAAUGAAUAAAGAUAGAUGUCAAUAUACAACGUAUGAAAUGAUGCGAUUCUUUGGUACUUAAUGCGCCAAUAUGAAUUGUUUGAUUCUAAACACAAAACUAUGAUCUGACGUCGCAUUGCAAAUUUUCGAAAUUUAUUCUUAUUGUCGACAUCACGAGACAAGAAAACAACUAAACAAGAAACAAAGACGGUAGUUUAUUCAUAUCAAAUUUAAUAUACCUAAACAAUUUUAUAUUGUACAUGGAAUGAGGGUUCGAAAUUUAUGGAUAUUAAUUAAUAAAAGUUAAGGAUUUCAUAGAAAACUUAAUUUAAAAUGUAUGUAUUCAUUCUUUCAUCAAAUUUUCCAAACGUCAAAAACGCUGUCGUACAUUCGUGACGUCAUAAUGUUACUUGAUGUGCUAAAUGAAUAAACGUCAAACUAAUAAAUAACUUACCAUCAGGUGAAAUUGUAGUCAAGGGCUAAGACUAAAAUAAUAUAAUCAUUUUGACAAACACUAACUAAACCGUUUGGUUAAGGUUUAGUGUCUACGUGACGUCAUGAAACGAUGCAGCGUUUUAGCUCGUAUUGUCAAAAAAUAUUUGAAAAUUCAAAUUUCUAUGUAUUUACGUCGCAAAAACAUAUGAUAUUUUUUUCAAUCUAGAAAAACCAUAAUGAAUAAUUUAUGACCAUUUUAAAACUUGUCAACUAGCCUAUUGCUUCGCAGUUUUCUGUGUUGCGACUGUCUUAGAGAUUUGUAGUUUUGUGUUGAAUUGUAUGGAAAUUUGAAUGGAAUGUUUCCUAUUUUAAUUAUUAUACUUGAUCAAAAUACUGCUUAAAAUUGAAUAUGAAUUGUGUGAUUUUUGAUGUUCGGUAUAUUUUCUACUUAGAAUGAGUGCAAUUCAAUGGACGAUUGUUAAAUAUAAGAUGUUUUUGCUUUUUAAGGGUGUGGUACCUAUAAUAUGACAUAUGUACGAUUAUAAUAUUUAGCGUAAGAUUUCUUAAUGAUUACAAACUUACUAAGCUUAAAUAUUUUACAUUUAUGAUUAAUGUUUAAAUUGUAAGUAGAAUAUAAAUCGAAUUAAUUUUAAAUUGUGCUAAAAUAUGGAGUAUUUUAAUGAUAUGUGAACAGUACAAUUAUUAUCGCACAAGUGAAUUGUAAAAACAUUCUGUUACAAAUGAUUGUAUUGAAAAAAAAUAUUUAGGUGCUUAUUAUAUGAUACCCACUGUGCUAUGUUCCUGCUUUUGUAUGGACUUUUAAUACUUUUAUAUAAUAGAGACACUUUCAUAUGCUUGAUCAAAGUGCUAAGACCAAUUUUAUUUUAAAUUACGAACGACUUCAAACUAUUAUUUGACUAUACUUCAAAGUAGUAUGUUCAAUACAUAAUGUAUGUUCCGAAAAAAAAAUGCAAGAAUUGCUUAAAUAAUGUUGCGUUUUACUAAAUCUGUCAUUCUAUUUUGAAUAAAUUUAGACGAAAUUGCAGUUUUCUAAAAUAUCCUUACUCUCUGUAGUAAUGCUACAGCAAAAAUCAUAGCUAAAGUCUUAACUUGUGUGUAGGGUGGCGUUUGCAUCCUACAUUCGAGUAAUACAAGAUUUUCUCGUAGAAAAUUCUUUUCCAAACAUAGUUUUGUAUGCAUAAAUUUCCAAUUUUUCCAGUAAGCCUAGUAUGUGUCAAAGAAAAAUCUCGUGAAGAGAAAAGACAUUGUCAACAAAUAGCGGCGGAGUCUCUCUAUCGCUUUCUCUCAUUGUUGUUAGCAACGAAAGAGACAGUGAUACUUUCAAUUCAAUUGGUCGAUAUUUUUUUUCUCUAAAAUCGAAACACGUGCGUCAUAGGCCUACAGAAAUAAAUGUGUGAGUAAUCAAACACACAUGAGAACACACACUUAGGUGACAUACUCUCAUCUCGAAACGUGCACGACUUAGGGCUACUGGAAUAAAUGUGUGAGUAAUACAAACACACAUGAGAACUCACACUGACAUAAUUAAUGUAUUUGAUAUUUAUUGAUCAAGCAUAAAUGUUUAGUAGUAAUAAAGAUUAUCAACAACCUACAUUUUGUAAUAAGACGUGAAGCAAUAAGAUUUUAAUAGCGAAAGUUUUUGUAUUUUAAUACAAAUAUAGUCGCGAACUUAGUGGAUGGCAUUGUACAAUAUUUGUCACCGCAUGUCGUAUUUGGCUAAGGUAAGUUUAUUCCUAAGUAUUAACUGUAUUGUGAUCUUAAUUAUCGUACAUAUUACAAUAUUUUCGUAAUUUUUCUUACACUGCCAAAUCGCUUGUCCUCGCUCACUCGACGUUGGUACGCUCGGCAUUGACAUGACAAGACUGGAAAAAAUAUAUAAUUUAUUAUUAUUAUUAAAUAUCUGGGCAAAAUAAAUUAAUUUCAAAAUAUACUAUGCACCAUUUUAUCCAGUGAUUUUUUAUCUGCUACGUUAUUUUAAUUAAAAAUGAUUUUUAAGCGGUUUUAUUUUUAAAUUGACAGCACUUUUACUAGAUUUAAGCAAAAAGUAGUCAAUUAUUUAUAUUCUUUUAGUUUGUAAGUUCAGCUGUUUUAUUUAGGUAUAAUCGAAACCGACGCAUUUUCCCUUUGAUAUGUUACUUAAUUAACAUUAAUAAGAAAUCUGCUUUUUUCUGAGAGACUUAGAGAUUUUUGUGGUGUGUUAUUCAGUCCGUAAAUAUGUAAAAAAAUACCAUUGCAUAGUGUAUUUUUAAAUUAUUUAAUAAAAGACUAAAGUUUUGUUUUAAUUACAAAUAUAUAAAUAAUAUUUUGUAUAUUCUUGCAUUUCUAUAAUAUUAAUAUCCGACAAGUAUUGCAUUUCCAAGUAACGUUUAUUAUAUUUUAUAGGAUGACAUAUUAUUUUAUGAGAACAAUAGGAGCCAUAAACAAGACUGACCGUUUGAAUUAUUUUUGGUAUACUUUAUUGUUUGUAUGUAAAACUAUUUGCAUUUUACUAAUUGUAUGAUAUUGAUUUGAUUCAAAUAUGUAUGGAUUUAUAAUUUUUAUUUGUUACGUUUGUCACAUAGAUAAAUGAACAAGGUGGAGAUAGUCGCAUGAUAAUGAAUCAGAAUGGAUUUGAUUGCUCUGCAGGGUGUGCACAUUCUGAAAGGACAAAAUCUAGGGUGGUUAAUAAAACCAACCACCUGCAAAUUCAGGGAAAACAUAAAAUUUCUAUGCCAUGGUCUGACCUGGCUGAAUUAAAAAAAAAUUAAACCAGAUUUUUUUUUCAAAUUCGAUAAAGUAUUGCACGCCUAAAAACUACAAUAAAGAAUCUUAGUGGGGUAAAUAUUAAGGGUAAUAAUUUUUGGACAUGAUUAGAUACUUUGAUACAGUUUUUGAACUGCGACAUUAUGAUGAAUAGGUAAAAUCCAUUGCCUGUCCCGAUUUGUUUUAAAUGUAUAGUUGGUCAAGGAGAUUUAAAAAAUAUUACGAAGUCAGACCCUUUUUGGAUAUUAUCAGUGGAUAGGAUAUAUGUAAGCAUCAGAAUGCUAUUUAUUUUAUAGCCGACUCAACUAGUCAAAGUGCCCAGAAUCUCUUAGAAGUUAGUAUGUUAUAUACUCAGAGGCACAAUUAUCCGCCCACUUUAAUAUACUCGCGUCGUAUUAAAGUGGGCGGAUAAUUGUGCCUCUGAGUAUAUAUAACACAAUGAGCUGGUGAAACUAUUUUGUCUGUAAAGUGAAAACAUAGUUACUAUUUUGUAUUAUUUUAAAUAAUAGUUUCUAAAUUUACGUUCCUUUAGUUUUAAGAAUGAGAAUGGUCGCCAUGGCAACCAACGUCGAGUGAGCGAACGAGUCACGUGUCUAGACUGAUUUUUACUCAUUUGUACUCUCAACUUCCAUUCGUUGUAACCGGCGUAUUUUUAAAGGAUUUUAAUUUCGUUUACAAUUUGUCGUGAUUGAUACAUGAGAGAAGCUUAAAUAUUAAGUCUCCCAUUAGAUUCUUAGGCUACCUUUGUAUAAAUAACAAGAUUUUGAAUUCUGAAAUGUAUUUUUAAUUUUAAUUAUCUCAACUAAUGACGUUAAAAUAUAAUGGAUGUAGAAUUUUUA